GACGUCGUCCUCCAAUUGUGAACAAUUUGACAUGCCUGAAAAGAACUACACUAUAAGAACGAGGAGAUUCCUUACCAACCGACUGUUAAAGAGAAAACAAUUCGUUGUAGAAGUAUUUCAUCCUGGACAGUCUCCCAUUCCAAAGGUUGAGUUGCAACAAAAGUUGGCUGCCAUGUACAAGGUAGCUGAUCCUUCAACCGUAUUUGUAUUUGGUUUUCGUACUCAGUUCGGAGGUGGAAAAAGUGUGGGGUUUGGUUUGAUUUAUGACAAUCUAACAGCAGCCAAGAGAUUCGAACCAAACUAUCGAUUAAGAAGAAACGGUCUCGUACAAAUAGAGAAACCUGCUCGUAAGCAAAGGAAAGAAAGAAAGAAUAGAGCAAAGAAAGUACGGGGAAAGGCAAAGGCAGCAGCUAAAGGUGGUUCAACGGCUAAAAAGUAAAAACUAUCUUUUUGGAUACAAGACAUAUU